UUUGGUGGUCAUACAAAACUUGUUCGGAUACACGUAUACAAGGGAAGAUGUGGUUUCGCAUUAGAGUCUCUCACACAUGAUUCGGUCGUAAGCCUUAUCGAUACCCAUUACCGCGAACGGAAAAACUCUGCCAGAACAAUUGAACCGUACUCUGUUCCAGCUUCAGUUUCGCCUCCAUUACCAGCCUUUAAUCCUGAUUGGGAGCUGCGAUUAGGUUUGGAGCGCCUUCGAAUAUAUCAGACAUCAGUCGAUCGAGCCGCUCGCCUGUUUGAUGCUGUCCAUGAAGAGAAGAAAAUGGCUGAUGAUCUUCAUUACGAGUAUACACAAGCUAUCAUUGAUAUGGAACGGAAGGUGAAGCAACUCGAAGAUGUCCUAAGCACUCUACAAAGCUGUAGAGAGUCCAGUGAUGAGACUGAUCCUAAACGUGUCACUGCUUUUAAGGCUAAUGCUGAGGUUGUCGAAAAGGGAAUAAAAAAGUUGAAAGAAGAGCGCGAAUUCGUGAUGGAUCGUCGUUCACAAGUGGCGAAGAUCAUUGAGGAUCUAGAGCAAGCGUCAUCUCAUGCAAAGGAACGCCUUGUGUCAUGUCACAACACACGGAAUCAAUCUUACACAGAACUUUAUAAAAAAGGAGUACCAAAGCAUAAGUUAGGAGAAACUAUAGAGCAUGCAACGAGCAUGCUAGAAAAAGAAACGAUGCAAGCCAGUGAAUUGCUUGCGGAUAUUCCGCUUGCAUGGGAACCGGAACACUACCUUGUAAACGAUCCUUCAAAGGAAGCGGCAGCUGUACUUAUUCUUCAAGCCCGUGCCCGUCUCUUGGAAAGGAUGGGUCGGCACCGAACUACAGAUGGCAUUUUUCUGAUCCGCCCCUCUGCUUCCCAGGCCAACAAACUCGUGCUAAGUGUACUUCACGGAGAACGCGUAUCGCACUGUCUUAUCGGGCAGACCUCAGAGGGAUGGGGAUUCGAGAAUGGUGGCGUUUAUUUCGUCACUAUCGGUGAUUUCGUUCGGUAUUAUGCCCAGGCUUCUCUGGAAGAGCAUAAUUCUGAGAUUAGAACAACCUUAACUAUGCCAGCAUUAUGA